CGGAGCGGAGCAGCAGCGCGGCUGCCGGCGCAGCGGGCCGCGCCGCGGUUGAAGCCGCACCAUGGGCGCCUGCCUCGGCGUCUGCUCGCUGCUCAGCUGCGCGUCCUGCCUCUGCGGCUCGGCGCCCUGCCUGCUCUGCGCCUGCUGCCCCUCGGCCAGGAACUCCACCGUCUCCCGCCUCCUCUUCACCUUCUUCCUCUUCCUCGGCACCCUCGUCUCCAUCAUUAUGAUAAUACCCGGCGUGGAAAAGGAGCUGCACAAGCUGCCCGGCUUCUGCGAGGGCAGCGGUUCGCUCCUGGGAGCCCAAAGCCACGUCGACUGCGGCAGUUUCCUGGGCCACAAGGCCGUGUACCGCAUGGGCUUCGCCCUGGCCGCCUUCUUCUUCCUCUUCGCUGUGGUCAUGCUGUGCGUGAGGAGCAGCAAGGACCCGCGAGCGGCGGUGCAGAACGGGUUCUGGUUCUUCAAGUUCCUGGUGCUGAUCGGGAUCACGGUGGGGGCCUUCUACAUCCCCGACGGGUCCUUCACGUCAGUCUGGUUCUACUUCGGCGUGGUUGGCUCCUUCCUCUUCAUCCUCAUCCAGCUCAUCCUCCUCAUCGACUUUGCUCACUCUUGGAGCCAAGUGUGGCUCCGCAACGCGAAUGAGAGCAACGCCAAGGGCUGGUACGCAGCUCUUUGCAUCGUCACCUUCCUCUUUUACGCUGUCUCCAUCGCGGCCGUGGUGUUGCUCUACGUCUACUACACCAAGCCUGACGCCUGCACGGAAAACAAAGCUCUGAUCAGCCUCAACCUCAUCUUCUGUGUCAUCGUCUCUGUUGUGUCCAUCCUGCCCAAGAUCCAGGACGCUCAGCCCCACUCGGGCCUGCUGCAGGCCUCCCUCAUCACCUUGUACACCAUGUUCAUCACCUGGUCAGCUCUGGCCAAUGUACCAAACCGAGCCUGUAACCCCACGCUGCUGGUGAGGAACAGCACCAGUACUUCAGUGGCCACAGGGCAGCUGACAACAUGGUGGGAUGCCCCAAGCAUCGUGGGGCUGGUAAUCUUCAUCUUCUGCGCACUCUUCAUCAGCAUCCGCUCCUCAGACCAUGCCCAGGUCAACAAGCUGAUGCUGACGGAGGAGAGCACGGCUGGUGCAGGUCGCGAGGAUGCCGCGUUGGAGAGCGGACCACACCGUGCCUACGACAACGAGCAGGACGGCGUGUCCUAUGACUACACCUUCUUCCACCUCUGCCUUGUCCUGGCUUCCCUCUACAUCAUGAUGACGCUCACCAACUGGUACAGGCCUGACGAGAGCUUCCAGAUGAUGACGAGCCCCUGGACUGCUGUCUGGGUGAAGAUCUCCUCCAGCUGGGCUGGGCUCUUGCUCUACCUCUGGACGCUGGUGGCUCCCCUUGUACUGCCUGACCGAGACUUCAGCUGAGGUGGCCCUGGGGACUGUGCUGUCAGGGCCCGAGAGGCUUAAGCCCCAUGGCUGUGAGCUGCUCUGGUGUCCCCACCUCAUCCACGAGCCUGGGGAGAGCCUCAGCUCUGGACUCAAUUUUUGCACCCGAGAAUAGCUGCUCUGGGUUGUGCCUUCUUGCAGGUUUUCUGUUUUAAUUUUAAAGGGAUAAAGUGCCAAGCAGGGAAAAUCAGCAAGCAAGAGAAAUCUGAAACGCUGAAGGGUGUUUCUAAAGCUCUUCUAAUCUGCAUGUUUGUCUAAGUGCCUUUGAUGGUGCCUCAAUCCCCUCUUCCUUUAGCAAGAGACAACUGAAUUGCCUUCAGAGGGUUUGGUUGUUAUCAGCCGCUCGUGUUGGUGCCUUCUGGGGACCGCGGUGCCUUCUGGAGCAGAUCUGGCAGCCACCGUGUAAUGCAGAUGGUGGGACCUGGCUAUGAGCUGAUGCCUGCUAGCUGCUGGCCGCAGCGGAGACAGUUUAUGUGCCCAAACAGCCUCGAGGAGAGCCAAAUCUCCAGGGUAUGUGGCCAGAGGCAAACACCCCGCUGUGCUGGCCUCCCUCCCUGUCACCUGUGUCCCUAUGAGCCUCGGUGAGUGGUGCUGGGCUCCUCCAAGCCAUCUCCCUCCCCAGUGCUGCGCUCAAGGAUGAACGGGCCCUUCCUUGGCCGUAGCUUGAGCGCAGGUCUGGUUUUCCCACCGGCUGCUCUGUUUUGGGUCAAGCCCCAGUGAAUUGCCUUCUCAAUAAAGUCUCCUUUGGAAAA